AGAUCACGACAUUUCCCAGGGGGGUAAGCGCCUUCAUCAGGCUUGGGAUCGAUAGUCCCCGGGAAGCCCCACACGCUUAGGCUCUUGGGAGUUGUAGUGCUAAUCCAGUCAGGGUUGGAAACAUGGCGGUGACCAAGGAGCUCUUACAGAUGGACCUGUACGCGUUAUUAGGUAUCGAGGAGAAGGCGACGGACAAAGAGGUGAAGAAGGCAUAUAGGCAGAAGGCCCUCUCCUGCCACCCAGACAAAAAUCCGGAUAAUCCCAGAGCAGCUGAACUCUUCCAUCAGCUUUCUCAGGCCUUGGAGGUACUGACCGAUGCUGCUGCCAGGGCUGCAUAUGACAAAGUCAGGAAAGCCAAGAAGCAGGCAGCAGAGAGGACCCAGAAACUUGAUGAGAGAAGGAAGAAAGUGAAGCUUGACCUGGAGGCCCGGGAGCGGCAGGCCCACGCCCACGGCAGCGACGAGGAGGAGGAGGAGGAGAGCCGGAGCACUGGGACACUAGAGCAAGAGAUCAGACGCCUGCGAGAAGAGGGUUCCCGGCAGCUGAAGGAGCAGCAGAGGGUGAUCCAGGAGCAGAUACGCCAGGAACGGGAACAGAGGUUGAGAGGAAUGGCAGAAAAUCCUGAAAGCAAAGGAACCCCCAAGCUAAAGCUCAAGUGGAAGAGCAAGAAGGAGGCCAACUCACAGGACAGCUAUUCCAGAGAUGUCCUUCUGCGGCUUUUUCAAAAGUACGGAGAGGUGCUCAACCUGGUACUGUCCAGUAAGAAGGCAGGCACCGCUGUGGUGGAGUUUGCGACCAUCAAGGCUGCGGGGAUCUCUGGACCAGCUCAGAGCCAAGAUUUCCCAGAGCCCGUCCAGCUCCCAGGAGUAGAGGCACAGCGAGUGAAGGGAUGGACAGGAGAAUAUUCCGGGGAUGGCUUCAUUUCCUGCUGCCUGGCUCCACACCCUCCACCUUCCCCAGCACGCCUCCAGGAGCUGGCUGUCCAGAAUGAAGUGGGCCUAGUCGAUAACCCUCUGAAGAUUUCCUGGUUGGAGGGACGGCCCCAGAGCACAAUGGGCCCUAACCACCCAGGACUGUCCCAGGGUUCGGUGCGGUCUGAGAGGGACUAUGAGAGCCUCGUCAUGAUGCGCAUGCGCCAGGCAGCUGAGAGGCAGCAGCUGAUCGCCCAGAUGCAGCAGGAGGACCAGGCGGGGCGGCCCACGUAGCCUCCUGCCUCCAGCCCUCCCAUCCCACAGCCCUUUGCUUAAACGUCACCAAUAAACUUUUUUUUUUUUUUUUUU